GACUGUUGCUUAUUUUAAAAAAUAUAACUUUUCAAAUUGUUAACAAAUCUGAUUGUCGUAGUGUAAUUGUAAUGCUAUUCGUCACGGAAAUGAAUGUUAAUUCCCUCUUGUUUUGUGGUUUAUAACAUUAACAGCUCAUUCGAGCUUUUAAUUAUAAAAUUUAUUAUCAUAACUUAUUAACAUGUAUUAUCGAACGAUCGUCGGAAGCAAAUAGGGAGACGACGAAUUUUUUAAAUUUUUAUCCACAGUUAUUUUUAAAUUCGUUUGUAAUUGUCAUCAUAAUGAAUUUCGCAAAAAUACUUUAUGGUCUGAAAUUGAAUGAGAAGUUUUUACUUUCUUUACGGAAAGUACCGAAAGUACGAAGAACCUUUCUAUCGGAAGCUUAUCAAUGUCAAGAAGCAUGGAACAACAGAUUGAAAAAUUCGUUGCUAUCAAAAAUAAAUGUCGACGACUUUUAUUUGGAAUUAAAUAAUAAGGUAGAAAGUAAUAUACUUGUGCCAGCGAUAGAUAUCGAUAUCUUUACUAAUUGCGUGCAAAAGCAUAACUAUGUCGAGGAGAUUGGAAAUCUACUUCAUAAGCUAAGAUUAACGACAGAAACUUCAAAUACAUUAGAUUCAACCCAUCAUGCAGUUGUACGAUAUUUUAUUGAUAUGGGAGAAGCUCAGUCGCUUUUAAGUAUUUUAAAUGACAGAUUAAAUUAUGGAAUCUUUUGUGAUUACUUAUGUUACAAUUUAUUAAUGGACCAUUUUAUAAAAAAACAAGAUUUUGCUUCGGCGGCUAAAACGGCGACAUUUAUGAUGCUUCAAGAAGAAUUUGACAAUCCAAUUAGCAAUGCCUUAGCAAUCUAUUCUUGUCAUAAUUAUCUAAAAAAUCCAGACACUUGGAUAGAAAAAGAUCCUGAAACAUUAAAAAAUGAACCCAAAGAAGAAAUUAAAAUACGCGUUAAGUAUUUAAGGAAUCCGUACUUUGAUGAUCAUUUUGAUUUGUGGAAGCCGUCGGAUCUAGUGGGUAAGACCCUAUGGUGGAUCGGUGAAACAAUGAAUGAUGUAAUCGGAAGGUCGUGUCAACUACGAGGCUUAAUAUUAUAUAAUAAAUAUUCAGAGGCAAUUGAAUUGCUUAAAAAGUGGAAAGAUGAAGAAAUUCAAAAUGUUGUUUACAAGGAAACGAUACCUUUAAUUGAAAAUGAUGCGCCGGAUAUGUUUAUUUCUGGUGAAAAUUCUACAGAAUCGCAAAGAGAAUGUCAAUUAUUAAUAACAGAUUUACAGCAUUCAGAUUUAAAUAAUGGAAAUAUGGAUGAGGAUAUUACAAACUUAGUCAAGAAAGCAGUUGAUGCACAUUCUCAAGAAGAUAUUACAAAUCAAGUUCAGAUUUAUGAAGAAUGGAUUGAUGUUAGAAUGAAGAUUCUUAGGGAACAACAUAAGGAACGAGAGAAGCAACAAAGAUUAGCAAAUAUUGAAAAUAUAAAGAAAGAACUUGAGGAAAAAGAACAACUUCUUACAUUCUUUGAUAACGAGGAUAAAAUCGAAUUGCAAAUUGAGCAAAAACUUGAAAAAGAAAAACUCUUAUAUGGCGAAGUGAAAGUUACAAAGCAGGAAGAAGAUUAUGUUCCACCAGAAAUUAAAAAACGACAGAAUCAAUGAUUUAUAUAUGAAAAAGGGCAGUAUGUUAAUAUAUAAUU